UGAAUCUCUGUUGUUAUGGUUACAAAAGAAAGAAAACCCUAAUUGAAAGACCAGUCAGUCACAGUCGCUUGUAUGUGUUCCACAAGUGACCAACAAUGUUGAAGGAAAGCUAAUUCCUUUAUUUGAUCUCUUAUAUCUCAAAACCCCAAAACCCAUCUCUAUUGUCUGCCAAAACCUCUAUUUUUAUGCCAACAUAUAUACAGUAGUAGCACAUGUGUAUGUGUUACUUGUCAUCUCUCAUCACAGAUCAAUGACUCUCUGUGUGAGAGCUUCAAAAUCCAUAGCCCAAUGUAGCAGUAGAAGAAACUUGGACUCUCUCAAGGUACGCCUCAUCUUCUCUUCCCCUUGUCCCUCCGAUUUCUCCGACUACAACAACAAUAACAACAAUAACUCCACUACUACUACGAUUUCAAAAACAUUCUCAGAGACCCAUUUUGGGAACCUAAUUUUGAAAACAAUCGAAGACAAGCCCUGGGCUUUUGCCAGUAAGUACUGGGUUGUCUCUGAACAAUUACGAACUGUGAUUCUUGAUCCUGAGUUGUUUAUACGGGUACUCAAUUCGGUUCGCGGGCGCCCCAGAGUGGCGCUUCGGUUGUUCCGGUGGGCCGAGGGGCAACCAGGGUUUAAGCGGUCAGAAUUCAUUUUUUGUACAAUUCUUGAAAUACUUGUUCAGAAUAAUUUGAUGGGUUCGGCUUAUUCGGUGAUGGAGAGGGUUAUUAGUGUGGAUUUGCAUGGGAUUGUGGAUGUUUUGAUUGAUGGGUAUGUGAAUGCGGAGGUUUCGAUUAAGUUACUUGAUCUUUUAUUGUGGUUGUAUACUAAGGAGUCGAUGGUCGAGCAAUGCUUGUUGAUUUUUGAUAAGAUGGUGAGGAAUGGGUUCUUGCCAGAUGUGAAAAACUGCAAUAGAAUUCUUAGGAUGCUUAGGGAUAAGGAUUUAGUUGGCAAAACAAGGGAAGUGUACCAAUUGAUGGGCAUGUUUGGGAUUAAGCCAAGCAUCCUUACCUAUAAUACAUUGUUGGAUUCGUUUUGUAAAGAUGGUGAAGUGCAACAAGCACUAGACCUAUUAUUGGAAAUGCAGAGAAGAGGCUGUACCCCGAAUGAUGUUACAUAUAAUGUGUUGAUCAAUGGGUUGUCAAAGAAAGGGGAAUUUGACCAGGCCAAGGGGUUGAUUGUGGAGAUGCUGAACUUGGGGUUAAAGGUUUCAGCUUACACUUAUAACCCUUUGAUUUCUGGGUAUUGUACAAAAGGAAUGCUUGUUGAAGCAUUGGCGCUUGGGGAAGAGAUGGUAGUUCGAGGAGUUUCUUUUACUGUCUCGACUUAUAAUACAUUAAUGUAUGGUCUCUGUAAGUGGGGAAAAGUGACUGAUGCUAGACAAAAGUUCUGUGAUAUGUUGGGAAAGAAUUUGACGCCUGAUAUAGUUUCAUACAACACUUUGAUAUAUGGUUACUGUCGGCUAGGGGACGUUACGGAGGCUUUUCUAUUGUUAUAUGAAUUAGAAGGUGCAAACCUCAAUCCCACUGUUGUCACCUAUAAUACUAUUGUAGAUGGCCUUUGCAGAUUGGGAGAGCUGGAGGAUGCUAAGCGGCUUAAAGAAGAAAUGAUCAAUCAUGGGAUUCUUCCUGAUGUUUUUACUUAUACCAUUCUAGUAAAUGGUUCUGUCAAGGUGGGAAAUUUACAAAUGGCUAACGAAUUCUUUGAUGAAAUGUUGCAUAAAGGAUUGGAGCCGGACCACUUUGCAUAUACAACUCGAAUAGCAGGGGAACUGAAGCUUGGGGAUACAUCCAAAGCAUUUAGACUGCAGGAAGAAAUGUUAGCAAAAGGGUUUCCACCUGACUUGAUUACCUAUAAUGUUAUCGUGGAUGGAUUGUGUAAAGUGGGCAAUUUGGAAGAAGCAUGUGGGUUGUUGCAAAAGAUGGUUCGGGAUGGUCUCAUGCCUGAUCAUGUAACAUAUACCAGCAUUAUUCACACCGUUUUGGAAAUUGGGCAUCUCAAGAAGGCCAGGGAAUUAUUCUAUGAGAUGUUGAGUAAAGGCUUAUCCCCUACAGUUGUUACGUACACACUGUUGAUUCAUGCUCAUGUUGGCAAAGGGAUGCUAGAACUGGCAUUUAUGUAUUUCUAUGAGAUGAAAGAGAAGGGUGUUAUGCCAAAUGUGAUCACCUAUAAUGUGCUGAUAAAUGGUCUUUGCAAAUUGAGAAGAAUGGAUCAGGCUUACAGAUAUGUUGAUGAGAUGGAAGCAAAGGGAAUACCCCCUAAUAAAUAUACCUACACUAUAUUAAUAAAUGAGAACUGUAACUUGGGUAACUGGCACGAGGCCUUGAGAUUGUAUAAGGAAAUGCUAGAUAAAGGGAUUCAGCCUGAUUUUUGUACACACGGUGCAUUGUUUAAGCAACUAGGCAAAGACUAUAAAUGGCAUGCAGUUCAGUACCUUGAAUAUAUAUUAAUAGAUAGUGAAGAAAAUGCUGGAACAAAGACUUAAUAAGACCUAUGACAGUAUUCUGGUCAUGUCAGAGAUUGGUAAGGUAGUGACAUAUUUACUCUUUGAGAAAUUUGUCUCAUCCUAGCAUUCUUACUCUGGACACUGCUGGGAACAUUCCCUUGGAUGACUUUUCUGGAUUGAGCUGCAAAUUUAUGAAUUUUGGCAACUCAGAAGGUCAAUAAGCCAAUACAUACCUCGUUUUUGAAUCACUGCAUGCCGAAUCCAAGUAAAAGGGGAAAGCAGCCUUGGAUUGGAUUUUUUAUUGUAUAUAUGAGCCAUAUAUUGGAUUGAGCUGUGAAUUUAUGAAUUUUGGCAACUCAGAAGGUCAAUAAGCCAAUACGUACCUCAUUUUGAAUCACUGAAUGCCAAAUCCAAGUAAAAGGGGAAAGCAGCCUUGGAUUGGACCUUUGAUCGUUUAUAUGAACCAUAUAUUGUAAAGAUUCAAAGACCGGUGUGCAGAUGAAUUUGUGACUGUACAAGUUGAUCCAAAUAAAUUGGUGUUGGAGCUUGUUCUUGAUGACUUGUUGAAAGAAUAUCAUGACAUGAUGUCGGUGCCUUAGGGUUUCUCAUUCAUCACCACUGGAUUUCUCAUUCAUCAACCCUCUCAUCCAUGACAAUCCUGUCGCACUCCUCACUGUUACUCAUCUGAAGCAAGGACGCAGUAGAAGAACACUCCCUCUCACAGAGACUCACUCUCAUUGCAAAGAUCUUCUUGUUGGUGUAGCAAUUUCAACUCAGAGCUAAGUAUCAUUGAUCAUUAAGGAAAUUGCUAGAGAGUUGUCUGGAGCAUCAAUUGCUAUUCCUCAAAAAUGGAAUUAUCUGAUGAUAACUCCCAGUUCAUGGUAGCCAUGUUAAGGGAGUGUGGAUUAGCAUGUGAAACGAUUACUUUUGUAUUGGUGGAAUUUGCAAACAGGACGAUUUGCUGAUGAUCUUGGAGGGGAAUUCCCAAUUAGUUACAAGUUAAAGCCAUUGGAUCCUCAAAUUGUCUCAACUGUUAUUCGACAAUCAACAAUGUCCAUGACAUGUCAGGGAUAUAAAGCAAAUCAUGAAACCAAGAGCAACUAUCUUUUGUCACAAUUAGCUGAAUCUUUGUCAAGGCCUUUAUGAGUUUGAUAAGAGGCUGUUAAGGAUGGAUGGGUCAUGGGAUGAUUGUGCUUUGAACAUUCUACUGCUGGACCUCAGGUGGCUUUUGUAAUUGUUAUUAUUAUUAUAUACCCUAUAGGAUGAAGUUGGUUCAAAAAUAUUAAUUAAUUAAUUGAGUUUAUUAAAUUGUAAAAUAUUGAUUAUAGAAGGGUUAGCUGUAAAGGCCACAAUGCUGUAACACUUGGCCACUUGGAUAUUUUUAGUAUUUGUAUCGAGGGAUGGCUCUACCUCAAGUGCACAAACACAUUAACAUUUUUAAGAUAUGAAAUUAUAUUCUUACAAUC